GCAGAGCGUCGCCGUCACGUGACAGCGCAGCGGCCAGCGCCGGACCCAGGCCCAGUGAUGUUGUCGCAGAUUUUCAUUCUCUCUUCCAAAGGAGACAGACUCGUCCACAAGGACUUCCGCGGCGAGGCCGGCGGGGGCAGCACCGAUCUGGUGGACACUUUCUAUCGGAAGAUCACGGCCCUGCCCAGGGACCAGGCGCCCGUGUUCAUGGCGCACGAGGGGCUGCACUUCGUCCACGUGCGUCACGCCGGCCUCUACUUCGUGGCCACGACGGGGCACGACGUCUCCCCUUUCACCAUCAUCGAGUUCCUCAACCGGCUGGUGACGCUGAUCCGCGAUUACUGCGGCUCCCUCAGCGAGAAAACCGUCAGCCUCAACGUCGCCCUCAUCUACGAGCUGCUGGACGAGAUGCUGGACUACGGCUACGUGCAGACCACGGCGCCCGACGUGCUGCGCAACUUCAUCCAGACGGAGCCCGUGCUCAGCAAAGCCUUCAGCCUGCUGGACCUGGGCAGCGUCGGCCUGUUUGGAGCAGAGACGCAGCAAAGCAAAGUGGCUCCCAGCUCGGCCGCCAGCCGCCCCGUGCUGCCCCCCCACGGGGACCAGGGCGCCCGGAACGAGGUGUUUCUGGACGUGGUGGAGAGGCUGACGGUCGUCAUCGCUGCCAACGGCACCCCCAUGAAGGCCGACAUCCAGGGAGAAAUCCGCCUCAAGAGCUACCUGCCCAGCUGCUCCGAGCUGCGCAUCGGGCUGACGGAGGAGUUCUGCGUGGGGAAGUCGGAGCUGCGAGGCUACGGCACCGCCGUCCGCGCCGACCAGUGCGCCUUCCACAGCUCCGUCAAGCUGGACGAGUUCGAGAGCAGCCGCAUCCUCAAGGUCACCCCCAGCCCGGGGGAGCUCCCGGUGAUGCAGUACCAGCUGUCAGACGACCUCCCCUCGGCCCUGCCCUUCCACCUCUUCCCCACGCUGGAGCGGGACCCCACGGGCAGGCUCCGCGUCUACCUCAAGCUCCGCUGUGACCUGGCUCCCCAAAGCCAGGCCCUGAACGUGCGAGUCCAGCUGCCGGUGCCCAAGGGGGUCGUCAGCCUGGCCCAGGAGCUGAGCAGCCCCGAGCAGACGGCCGAGCUGCAGCCCAGCCUCAAGGCCAUUCGCUGGGCGAUCCCGCGCGUCCAGGGGGGGUCCCAGCUCUCCGCUCUCUUCAAGCUGGAGAUCCCAGGGCUGAGCAGCUCCUCGCUGCUGGAAGUGGGGCCCGUGAACAUGUCCUUCGAGCUGCCCAUGCACACCUGCUCCGGCCUGCAGAUCCGCUUCCUGCGCUUCACGGCCCCACAGCCGGGGCUGCCCCACCGCUGGGUGCGCUACGUGUCUCACAGCGACUCCUACGUCAUCCGCCUCUGAGCCCGGCCUCACCGCUGGGUGCGCUACGUGUCUCACAGCGACUCCUACGUCAUCCCCUCUGAGCCCGGCCCCACCGCUGGGUGCGCUACGUGUCUCACGGCGACUCCUACGUCAUCCCCUCUGAGCCCGGCCCCACCGCUGGGUGCGCUACGUGUCACACGGCGACUCCUACGUCCUCCCCUCUGAGCCCAGCCCGGCCCCACCGCUGGGUGCGCUACGUGUCACACGGCGACUCCUACGUCAUCCGCCUCUGAGCCCGGCCCGGCCCCACCGCUGGGUGCGCUACGUGUCACACGGCGACUCCUACGUCAUCCCCUCUGAGCCCGGCCCGGCCCCACCGCUGGGUGCGCUACGUGUCACACGGCGACUCCUACGUCAUCCCCUCUGAGCCCAGCCCGCCCCACCGCUGGGUGCGCUACGUGUCACACGGCGACUCCUACGUCAUCCCCUCUGAGCCCGGCCCGGCCCCACCGCUGGGUGCGCUACGUGUCACACGGCGACUCCUACGUCAUCCCCUCUGAGCCCGGCCCGGCCCCACCGCUGGGUGCGCUACGUGUCUCACAGCGACUCCUACGUCAUCCGCCUCUGAGCCCGGCCCCACCGCUGGGUGCGCUACGUGUCACACGGCGACUCCUACGUCAUCCCCUCUGAG